UUGUAUAUCAAAAGCACAGCUAGCUCAGCUGUGUCAGUCAGCUGGUUGUCCAAACAAGGGAAUCGACACAGACGUCUUUUUACAUCCACAAAAUACGAAUGUACAGCUGAGAAAAUGAAGAAAAACAAGGGAAAGGUGAACACCACUGAGAAGGAGUUUGUGUUUGGGUUCAGGGCAGGGAGGAAUGACUGUGUCCUUAAAGUACCUCUGCAAUUCCCUGUCCAAGAAAAUGUCAGUGACCUUCAUGGACGACUUAUGCUGCUGCACAAAAUACCUUGCUUUGUUGAGAAUGAACUGAGGAGCACACUGUCCACGUUUAUUGAGAGCGAAACCAUCCAGGACUAUGACAGAGAAGCAGAGUUGGCCCUACAGAGACUGACAAAAGGAGAGGUGGACAUCAACCAGCUUACAAACACAUGGGCCAAGGCCUACUCAGAGACUACACUGGAACAUGCUCGUCCUGAGGAGCCCAGCUGGGAUGAGGACUUUGCAGAUGUUUACCACGAGCUCAUCCACUCCCCGGCCUCUGACACUCUGCUCAACCUGGAACACAACUACUUUGUCAGUGUCUCGGAGCUCAUCAGUGAGAGAGACAUGGAGCUGAAGAAGUUACAAGAGAGGCAGGCAACAGAGAUGGACAAAGUCAUGCAAGAACUGGGAAAGACCAUGACUGACCAGGAUGUAAAUGCAGUUGCAUCUCAACACUUCGAUGCCCAGCAGGUGCUGGAGAACAAGUGGGCCAAUGAACUGAAACAGGUGACUCAUAUUCAGAAGCAGGAGUAUCAGGAGUGGGUGAUCAAACUGCACCAGGACAUGCAGAACCCCAAUAACAGUACUAUUAAUGAGGAGAUCAAGGUGCAGCCGAGCCAGCUGACAGAGGAGUCUGAGCCUGGGGCCAGGGUGUAUGAGGAGCAGCGACAGCUGGAGGAGAGCUUUACCAUCCACUUAGGUGCACAGCUGAAGACAAUGCACAACCUGCGACUGGUGCGGGCAGACGUACUGGACUUCUGUAAGCACCGUCGCCAUGGCAGCAGAGGGACCAAGCUGCGGCGGCUGCAGACGGCUCUGUCGCUCUACUCCUCGUCACUGUGUGGCCUGGUAUUGCUGGUGGACAACAGGGUCAACUCCUACAGUGGCAUCAAGAGAGACUUUGCCACAGUAUCUAAAGAGUGUACAGACUUUCACUUCCCUCGGCUGGAGGAGCAGCUGGAGGUUGUCCAGCAAGUGGUGCUUUAUGCCCGGUCUCAGACCAGCAAGCACAAAGACCAGCCUGAGGUUCCUAGGAAUGGAAGUAGUUGUGAAGAUAAGAACCAAAAUGUGGAAAAGAAUUCUUCCAAUAUCUUACCAGGUGAAUUCUACAUCUCCCGCCACUCCAACCUGUCUGAGGUCCACAUCGUGUUCCACCUGUGUGUGGAUGACAACGUGCGCUCAGGUAACAUUACGGCCCGGGAACCUGCCAUCAUGGGCCUCCGCAACAUCCUCAAGGUCUGCUGCACGCAUGAUGUCACCACCAUCACCAUCCCUCUGCUACUGGUCCACGACAUGUCAGAGGAGAUGACUAUCCCAUGGUGCCUGAGGCGGGCUGAGCUGCUCUUCAAAUGUGUCAAAGGUUUCAUGAUGGAGAUGGCAUCGUGGGAUGGAGGGAUCUCACGGACAGUCCAGUUUCUAGUUCCACAGAGUAUCUCUGAGGAGAUGUUCUACCAGUUGAGCAACAUGCUGCCUCAGAUCUUCCGUGUUUCGUCCACCCUCACGCUCACCUCCAAACGCUGACGGAGACACAGGGCCAAUCACGGCGGCCUGGCAACUGUCAACACCAUGCUGUUUUUAACAGACAGAUUCUAUGGCCUCUUCCUCAUCAUGCUAUAGCAAUUAGCAUUUUAGUCUUGCAGUCUGUGGUUAAGUCACAGUUGAGUCUACCAUCAUGAAAAUAAACUAACCAAAGGAGUGACUGUACUCCUCAGAUUGUUAAAGCACUCCAGUCAAAAGUAUGAGAUUCAGUGGUUUUGAAUUGCAAUGAUUUUACAAUAUAGAGAGGUGCCUCAAGAGUUUUAAAAAUUUUGUUCCCUCUAACAUAUUUAAAUAGUUGCAUUUUACAGAGGUGUGAUGUGUGAUGGAUGACUGUCAAUUGAUUUAGCGAUCCCUGCAUAAUUGGCAUCAUCUGAUGGAUGACUGUCAAUUGAUUUAGCGAUCCCUGCAUAAUUGGCAUCAUCUGAUGGAUGACUGUCAAUUGAUUUAGCGAUCCCUGCAUAAUUGGCAUCAUCUUAGGGCAAGGUGACAUCAUCUUGGCACCAUCUUCCCAAAAAAGAUGGAUUGUGUUGUUGCAGAGGCACGCAUUAUGCAGGUGUUGUGUGUUGGCGCCAUCUUCCCAAAAAAGAUGGAUUGUGUUGUUGCCGAGGCACGCAUUAUGCAGGUGUUGUGUGUGUGUGUGUGUGUGUGUGUGUAUACUGCAUUGCAGUGAAUUAUAGUGAGAACUUUGUCAUCAUCUCACUCCACCUCAGUAACAGCAGAGGGCACUGUUCUCAGAGAUAAAGAAGCACUCUGAUAGAUGAUGUUUAAUCUACUCCGUGCCAAAACAUUGAUUUAAACAUUUACUAUGAGACACAGAAAGUUUGUUUCUUAUGUUGUUGCAGCCUAACCUCUAUAGCCCAUACCCCUGAAUGUUUUUCAGCACUUCUCAACUUAUUUUUGAUGUGGCAUUCCAAUUGACUGAUCACAACACACUGUACACUGAUCAUAAUGUACUGUUUAUACACAUAUCUUUACUAUAUGUUUUUAGUCGAAAUGUAUGUAAAAAGUGUUUAAACUUAUUACUGGUCAAUGUGAAUCUAUCCUGAAUCUUCUCUCUGUGAAAUAAUGUUUCAGAUUUUACAUUUGUUCGUUUUUUUGUUCGUUUGCAGGCCUGUAAACUGGGCCUGUAACUGGGCCUUACUGGGCCUGUAAACAAACUCCAUAUUGCAGUUUGUGCACAAUUUAAUAUACUGUUUAUGAGUAGUCCACGAUCGGCUAAUCUACCUGAAGCUAAUAUGACAUGGUAAUUACAUUCUUCCAUGUCUGUUUGAAUGAAGUCAUUUUAGUUGGAUGAAAUAAUUGAUGCUUGUCAGAGGUUUACCUGCUAUGAUGAACAGCAACAGUAUUAAGAUGAUUAAACAGAUCAAGUGCACCAUCAAAA